UUUUCCUCCCCUUCCUCAUUCUCUUUCUCUAUCUUUGUACUUUUCCUUUCCAUUUUCUCUCUGAAUUUCCUCUUCACUCUUGCACUCCCCAAAACAGCUCCACUAAAAAAUUCCUUCCCAACAAUACCCUUCGGAGAAAAUGGCAUCUCCGGAGGAAGACUCCAACUGGGUUUUCGAUUUUGGAUUGAUUGAAGACAUUCCGGUUCCUGGUGGUGACCUUCCUCCUCUUGAUCCCGGUUUUCAAAAUUGGUCCAACAAUUCAUUUUACAAUCCAAACAGUGUGGAACUUGAUGGUGCAUUCCAAAGUUCACAGAGCAGGAAAGAAGCUUCCUCAAGAAAGAGGGCAAGGUCUGGACCAUGCAGUGCAACAGAUUCCAAAGCAUACAGGGAGAAAAUGCGUAGGGAUAAAUUGAACGAUAGGUUCCAAGAAUUAAGUUUUCUCCUGGAUCCUGAAAGACCCCCAAAAGUGGAUAAGUCUGCUAUACUAGGCGAUGCCACAAGGAUGUUGAUUCAGUUGAGAGAUGAGGCCGAGAAGUUGAAGGAGUCAUACGAGAGAUUACAAGAGAAGGUUAAUGAAUUAAAGGCUGAGAAAAAUGAACUUCGUGAUGAGAAGCAGAAGCAAAAGGCAGAAAAGGACAAACUUGAACACCAAUUAAAAGCCUUAAGCUCUCAAACUGGCUUUUUAUCCAACCCUUCUGCAAUUCUAGCUCCAUUUGUAGCUCCGCAUCAAGUUUUCAGCAGCAAGAUGACACCAUUUGUUGGCUAUCCUGGAACAUCGAUGUGGCAUUUUAUGCCACCUGCUGCAGUUGACACUUCGGAAGAUCAUGUCCUACGUCCACCAGUUGCUUAACUCAUAAUAGCUCAGCUCUGAGCUGUAAGUGAUCAGAGAAAAUAUUCUCUUUCAAAAUAUAAAUAGUUAGAUUUUAAUACUUUGGUUUCCAGUUUUGAAGCUAGACUAAGUUUGUAUUGGUAAAACUUUUUUGAAAUGGAUGAGUUACUGGCGGCUUUCACAAAGGAGUAGAGUUUGCAAGAAACUCAAAGAAUUCUAAUGUUUUUAUGGUUUAAGGAUCAUGUCAUUGGCACGAUGUCCAUUAACCUACCUCUGUUUCUUACAGUUUUGAAACCUUUAGUCUUUGUAUAGUUGUUAAUGUGAAAUAAACUAUGAUCUCCAAUUUCUUUUACUA